CGCAGUUUUUAUGGUCCAUACAUUCUUAUGGAACAGGUUUGUAACAUCACAGGCCCUAAAAUUUGCUAGGUACUUCCUAAGUAAUUCAGUCUUUCUGUAUAAGGUCUCUGAAGAUUUUGCUCACAGUUAAGAUUCAUUUUUGUUUUUGUGUAGCUAUCUGGAGCUAAUAUUUUCAUACUAUAAAUGACAUCUCUUUUUCUUCCUAGCACGACAUCCUAAGAUAAAUCCAUCACAAUGACACCUUCUCAGGUUACCUUUGAAAUAAGAGGAACUCUGUUUCCAGGAGAAGUUUUUGCAAUAUGUGGAAGCUGUGAUGCUUUGGGAAAUUGGAAUCCUCAAAAUGCUGUGGCUCUCCUUCCAGAGAACGAGACAGGUGAAAGCAUGUAUUGGAAAGCAACCAUUGUACUCAGUAGAGGAGUAUCUGUUCAGUAUCGCUACUUCAAAGGGUGCUUUUUAGAACCAAAGACUAUCGGUGGUCCAUGUCAAGUCAUAGUUCACAAGUGGGAGACUCAUCUACAACCACGAUCAAUAACCCCUUUAGAAAGUGAAAUUAUUAUUGACGAUGGACAAUUUGGAAUCCACAAUGGUGUUGAGACUUUGGAUUCUGGAUGGCUGACCUGUCAGACUGAAAUAAGAUUACGUUUGCAUUAUUCUGAAAAGCCUCCUGUCUCAAUAACCAAGAAGAAAUUUAAAAAAUCUAGAUUUAGGGUAAAGCUGACACUAGAGGGUCUGGAGGAAGAUGAUGAUGAUAGGGUGUCUCCCACUGUUCUUCACAAAAUGUCCAAUAGCCUGGAGAUAUCCUUAAUAAGCGACAAUGAGUUCAAGUGCAGGCAUUCACAGCCGGAAUGUGGGUAUGGCUUACAGCCUGACCGUUGGACAGAGUAUAGCAUACAAACAAUGGAACCAGAUAACCUGGAACUAAUAUUUGAUUUUUUUGAGGAAGAUCUCGGUGAACAUGUAGUUCAGGGUGAUGCUCUUCCUGGACACGUGGGUACAGCAUGCCUCUUAUCAUCCACCAUUGAUGAGGGUGGGAAGAGUGCUGGAAUCCUUACUCUUCCUAUCAUGAGCAGAAACUCCAGAAAAACAAUAGGCAAAGUGAGAGUUGACUAUAUAAUUAUUAAGCCAUUACCAGGAUACAGCUGUGACAUGAAAUCUUCAUUUUCCAAGUAUUGGAAACCAAGAACACCAUUGGAUGUUGGACAUAGAGGUGCAGGGAAUUCUACAACAACUGCUAAGCUUGCUAAAGUUCAAGAAAAUACUAUUGCUUCUUUAAGAAAUGCUGCUAGUCAUGGUGCAGCCUUUGUAGAAUUUGAUGUACACCUUUCAAAAGAUUUUGUGCCUGUGGUGUAUCAUGACCUCACCUGUUGUUUGACUAUGAAAAAGAAAUUUGAAGCUGAUCCAGUUGAAUUAUUUGAAAUUCCAGUAAAGGAGUUAACAUUUGACCAACUCCAGUUGUUAAAGCUCACUCACGUGACUGCACUAAAAUCUAAAGAUCUAAAAGAAUCGUUGGUUGAGGAAGAAAAUGCUUUAUCUGAAAAUCAGCCAUUUCCUUCCCUUAAGAUGGUUUUAGAGUCUUUGCCAGAAGAUGUAGGGUUUAACAUAGAAAUAAAGUGGAUCUGCCAACAAAGGGAUGGAAUGUGGGAUGGGAACUUAUCAACGUAUUUUGACAUGAAUCUGUUUUUGGAUAUCAUUUUAAAAACUGUCUUAGAAAAUUCUGGGAAGAGAAGAAUAGUGUUUUCUUCAUUUGAUCCAGAUAUUUGCACAAUGGUUCGGCACAAGCAGAACAAAUACCCCAUAUUAUUUUUGACUCAAGGAAAGUCUGAUAUUUACCCUGAACUCAUGGACCUCAGAUCUCGGACAACUGCUAUUGCAAUGAGUUUUGCACAGUUUGAAAAUCUACUGGGGAUAAACGCACAUACUGAAGACCUGCUCAGAAACCCAUCCUACAUUCAAGAAGCAAAAGCUAAGGGACUAGUCAUAUUCUGCUGGGGUGAUGAUACCAACGAUCCCGAAAACAGGAAGAAAUUGAAGGAAUUUGGAGUUAAUGGUCUAAUUUAUGAUAGGAUAUAUGAUUGGAUGCCUGAACAGCCAAAUAUAUUCCAAGUGGAGCAGUUGGAACGCCUGAAGCAAGAAUUGCCAGAGCUUAAGAGCUGCUUGUGUCCCACUGUUAGCCACUUUACUCCUUCACCUUUGUGUGCAGAGCCUGGUAUCCACAUGGAUGCCAAUGGCAUUGAUAAUAUGGACAGCGCUUAGCUUGUAUCGGGCAGAGGCCAUUUGGGGGCACGCACUGCUCUUCUGGGUAUUACUUUUCAUGAGCAUUGUUUAUCUAUGCCUUUUAGGUUUCUCAGUCCAAUGAAGCAAUAAUGAAGUAUUUUACUGUUUCACUACAGUUCUUGCUAGAAUUUCAAAUAGGCUAUUUAAAUCACUUGGCCAGGUAUAAUUACCAGUCAGCCUCUUUACAAUGAGAAAAUUUAUUGGUUGGUAAAUAUUUUAAACUAUAUAUGUAAACGGAUAAUGUUAAUUAAACAAUGUCCAUUAAAAGCAUAGCACUUUGAAAUUAACUGUAUAAAUAUCUCAGUUCUUCAUUCAAUCAGGUCUGCAAUAUUUAGCACUUGAGGAACAUGACUAUGCAUAAUUAUACCUGACCAUGGGAAAAACAAGUACCUCAAAUGCAUGCAUUUGCACUGGUGAUUCCAACUGCACAAAUCUUUGUGCCAUCUGUGUAUAUAUGUAUUUUUUACAUGGAUUGACAUGCACAUAUACCAUUUUCAUUCAGUAUGAACCUUGAGGCUGCUGCCAUUUUCCCGUUUAACCAAACCAAUGCCUGUGUAAACAGCCUAGAGGUGAUCCCUGAAAACUUGUUUCAAAAGUUGUUUUCCAUAAAUAUUAAAAAUGCUGCAGGGUAAUUUAAUGUAUAAAAUAUUAGAAGAAGUAUGUAUUGCAUACUUAGUAGAUCAUUAUGUAUAAAUUCUAUUCAGUGCAUGCUUUAGGUUUUAAGCAUGAGAUUGUACACGUUUACCGCAAGUCCUUGCAUCUGUGGUGCUAGGUGAGUGUGAGAAGGUGUCAAGGACUGAAAAUAUUUUGUUGCCUAAAAAAAAAAAAAGCCUGUUUGCAGGCAUUUUAAAUAUGUUUAUUUUAAGUCUCUCUCACUACCUAUCACGCACCGUUGCUUUAUGGGUUUGUUUUGUGUGUGUGUUGUACAGUAGUUAAAUCUCCAUGCAGAAAAAUAAAUGUCCUGAAUUCUCAUAUUAGUAUCUUUAUUGGUUAAUGUAUAUCAUGCAUGUAAUUUAUUUAGCAAUGUCGAAGAUCUGACUAAAUGUAUAUGCAUGUUUUGAGGGUUAUGCUAAGGUUUCUUUCAUUAGAAGCAUAUUGUCUUUGGCAUAACUGUAAUUUAAAAGAAUGUUAAAUAAAAUACACAGAUUUAUUUUCUUCAUUAUAAAA